AUGGUAGCGGUUCAGGGCGGGCAGGACGAUUCCCCUGCCUCUCCUGGCGUCACAAGACCAAUCGUUACCCAGACGGCAGGUGGAGAUAUCGUAGUUGACACCAUCAUGGCAGACGACCAGCAGGCGGUUCCCGUAUCGAGCCACGGGCCAGACACGGUCGGAGCCUCGGUCGAUCACGGUUUAAACUCGUCAACGCCUGGCGGCGGCGACGGAGCGUCGACGCGUCAGACAGUGGUAUCACAACCCCGAUUACCUGAGGGGGUAAAGACGACUUCAUCCACGCCGGCCGUGGAGCACGUACCUCCUCAGGAGCUUUUUGAGGCUCUAAUUGAGUCGAUGAAAGCCUCACCAGGCCCAACCAACGUUGAUGUCUGGCGUCUGUCCAUCCAGGACCUAUUUACAGCGAAAUAUGCUCGGAUACCGGUAAGCGUCGACGCGUUACCGGCCGGACGCACAAGGUUUCCCAAGCUUAAGGGACCUGAGGCGAAGAGCUUGCUAGAUCUUUUUCGACGCUGUUAUGUGUCAGCUUCUGUAAGUUUCGCCGACUGGAAACGACUGGCUCAUCAGAUCAGCAAAGAACUCCUCCUGACGAAGUGGGCAUUCAAGGAGAUCAUAAGAAAAUUGGUCAGUCAACAAAAGUGGGCCACUGCUCCUGUCCCCAAUCAAUGGGCAGAAGUCGUGCGGGCGGGUAAUACGGCUCGCCAAAUGGACGGGGAGAACAAAGGGAGCAUAACCUAUGAAGAUUUUAUGUUUGACCCGGCCAAAUUCUCGUUGGAAGACUCGAUUACACUAAAGGCCAUCUGUGUGGCCCGGCUAGGUAACACGGGCUUCCAACGGCUAGGUGAGGGGUCUGAUGACGAAUGGCGCAUUAUUGUGGGUAUUGCCGAAGGGCAUAUAGUCUGUCGCCGGAUGCCAGACUUUCUACGAUCGGUUCUGGACAGCAAGGAACGUCUUCGGCUGUACAGUACCGUUCAGGCGCAGGUGGAGGGUCAAUUAGUUCUCCAUAUCAGCGGUGGGCGUGACAUUCCUCUAAGUCGUCAGACAACGAAGGCCAUCACGGAGAAGAUUCUGGAAUCAGCCGAGCUGUUGAGGGUCAGUUUGCCCGAUCUCCAUCGCCUGCUGGGAUCAACGAAAACGAUCAGUUACAAUCGAUCAACCCGGUCGAUUCUCUUUUUAUUUUUUUCGCGAAACAAGGCAAAGAAGCUCCAGGACGUUCAAGUGCCUUUUCAAGGUCGAGUUUAUACGCUGGAGAACGCCCAUCAGCCGGUAAGGGGAUCGUUAUGGCUGAACCAGCGGGGUCCAGAUGGUCGGUCGGGGUACCCAAGAUCGGCUUAUACGAUUAUCCUCUAUAAUCUUACCAGAUUCGACGACAUUGGACGCAUAGCAGCUUACUUGCGCUCGAAGAUUCAAACGGAAUUUGAGCUGGAGGACAUGGACACAUGCACACCAAAUUCAAGAACAUCAACAGCGUGGAAGGUAACCUUUCAUCUAGCGGGCUGCCCGAAAUUCCUUCAGGGUAUAGUACGAUUACUUUGGUUUGGAACACCAAUUAUCAUCAGGCAUCCAGAUGUGGGCCGUCGCCUCCAAUGUCUGCAGUGUGGAACUUUGGGACACCCGGCGGGCAGAUGUCAAUUCACAGAAGCGCAAUUACGCGGGCCGGGUGGCGUAGAAGUUAUCGAAGCAGAUCUUCAAGCUGUUGAAGACCUCGCCAAGCCUUUUAGCAGUCCAGACGAAAUGAGGCAGAUGGCAAUGAGACGUCUACAAGUCCAACAAUCGGAGGAUGCGGCAGCGCAGGCUGCAGUGACGCCGGUGGCAUUGACAGUUGCCCCCAGUCCGUCGCCAGUGACAGAACCCCCUAGAACUGGCAUACCUCUCCAACAGGUAUAUACUCCACCAGGCACGCACGAGGGGCCACCACCACCACCACCGGCCCCAAAAUGCCGACCAGCGCAACCAUGGCUGACCCGGCCUAUACGGGGAGGGAGGAGGAUAUGGUCACCCCUACAGGCCUCGAAAGGCGAUCUCAAGGUUAGCAGCGGUAGUUAUCACGUGCUCCAAGAGGACGAGCUGGAUGAGACCGAAACGUCCUCGAAUUCUGUUGAUAGAGAUACCCAUGAUCUGCCAAGGCAAGCAUCAAGUAAGAUGACGGAUCGGGAUGCGUCUUCCAAGAAGGGACCACCCACGUUGACACCUGAGGAUCUAGCACGACAAACAGCAGCCGCCAGGAGAGGACAGGUGUCUGUUGUUGCGGGCCCAACGCUUUUGGCCAAUAAACGCCGGGAGCGUUCAACAUGUGAGCAGCUAAUUAAACAGUUGUCACCGGGGACAAGUCACGCGAUCCCCAUGGAACCAAUGCCUCAUGCUGAACCCAUGCAUGUGACAGAAUUGGUACAGAUUUUGGGGCUCCGUGAAGUCGCCACACCGGCCACGGGCAAUUUUUUUGUUUGGCGAUAG